AUGGAGCACACUUUUCGUCGGCAUGCUUUUGUCACCCUUUUGAAAUGUGCGAAGGCAGUAAGUUUGUUUCAAACAGAAGAUAAUAUCUUCGAGCUGGGUCCAAGAGAGAGCGAUAAGGAGCUCAAGAAGCAACCUCCAUCCCAAGCAAAAAACGAGCACUCGACAUUUCUUGCAUGUGAGCCUCUCUUGCUUUCCAGACGCACUGUUGCUGCAGAGCUGUGCGGUGAAGACAAGCUGACUGCUGCCGAAACACUUUUUAGAAGGAUGCUGUCGUACAGUGAAGACUUGGAGUAUAGCAUGAGCACGGUCCGCGAUUUUCAACGUGAUUUGAUCCUUGCUGCUAUGGCCAGAAAGGCAGUGGCCAUAUUAACUGCUAUGAAAUACAUUUUCUGGGUAAUGGAGAUGGAUACAGUGGGUAGGGAUGGUACACAACUAAUGAGCAACAUAAACACUCUCAGCACUCUUGGCUCUGCAUCUGCAAGAGCUGCUUACUGA